AGGUACCACACAAGAAAAAAAUCGUUACAGAGUCGUUGCACGUUUCGGCACAGCACUUCUCUUAAAUCUGCUCGUCUCUUUGGAAAAUGCCACCAAACAUCACAGACUGUGAUACAUCACAUUUUAGAUAUCCACUUUUCACUUCCACCUACAGCAUUGUGCUGCUGUUUGGUUUUCCUCUGAACUCGGUGUCUCUCUGGAUACUGCUAUGUCGAAUCGGCUUGAAGAAAUCCGUUCCAGUGAUCUACAUGGCCAACCUGGCUUUAUCGGACCUUCUUUUCACGCUCUCCCUGCCCUUUCGGAUCAUCUACUUCGCCACAGGCCGAUGGAGGCUGGGAAACGCUCUAUGCAUGAUUCCAGGCACCCUCUUUGCCAUCAACCUCUAUUCAAGCUCCUUGUUCAUUACGCUGAUCAGUGUGGACCGGAUGCUGGCCGUGGUGUAUCCCAUAAGAUCUCGGCUGUACCGGACGGCCCCGGUGGCCUGGGCUCUGAGUGUGACCGUAUGGGUGCUCAUCGCUGGAUUGGCAGUGCCAACUGCCAGUAACCACCCCGAAAACUGGGACGGAGAAUGUAACGUUACGCGCUGUUUCGAAAAAUACACACCUGACGAAUGGAAAAACGGCUUCAUCAUCCUCUGCUGUACCACUGUGCUCGGUAUUUUAGUACCUUUCUGCAUCAUUCUGAGCUGUACGGUGGCAGUCGUGAGGCAGCUGAGAGGCUACAGCAUGAGUUCCUCGUGCAACACCGAGCUGAGCAAAAGCAAGAUUGUGAAUCUCUUUCUAUCCAACUUGCUCAUCUAUGCUAUUUGCUUUAUCCCCUUUCACAUUGCUUUCAUCCUCUUAGGCCUGAGCAGAACUGGAAUCUUGCCUGAAGAUAAAUCUGAAUUUUUUUACUUAGACAUUCAAACGGUCACCAUGUGCAUGGCCAGCACCAACAGCUGUCUGGACCCCUUGAUCUACUACUUCAGCUCCAAGAGAAUACAAGGUAGGAGCAGAUGCGAUUCUUCGUCCAAAAGCAUCGGCCUCGGACUGAUCCAGAGCAUGAGUUGGACAGGACAGUGAAGCAACAAUUGAUCACAAUAACUUAUGUUGUUGAAGUAAACAAGAGGAAAUGA